AUGGAGCCAAAGUAUAAAGGAACAACAAUCAGAACUGGCUACCUAUACAACGUAGCGGUAAAUAACAUAACAAUAAAUACAUCUAGCGACACUUUUAAUUACAACAGCAACUCCUCCUCCUUUGAAAAGUUACAGAGUAGUCGCAACUUCAGCGAAAUAAACACCUUUUCUGCGCUCAAACUAUUUUUUGUAUCAGAAGAUGGACAGGAUUGGUUUACAAAUUUGGUCCAUCUACCUUAUUUCUAUGUGGGCCUCAGUAACGAUAAUUACCUAGACCAUGUCAAACAUUUUCUCGAACAAAAUGUUAAGGGAUUGGUUGAGAAGGUAUAUAGGGAGGAUUUGUCUCGUCCCAACCACAUCAAAAAUCCAAAACUUUCAAAGCAAGCUACUAAGCGAAGCUUUCUAAAGAUUAGUUUUGCAACCAUAGACCUAUUGCGCCAAGGAUUGCAAUACAUCAGAUCAAUCAAGUCUAGAUACAAAGACUCUAACGCUUAUGACACCAGCAAAUUAAACAAUAAUGCUUGCUUGCGAUUUUCUCAUGUGAAACAGCACCUAAAUAACUUGUGCAAUGACCAAUUUAAUGACUUUAACCCAGACUGUCUAGCCUACAUAGAUGAGUGCUACGAAGCAGAUGUUAGAUACAUAACUAGAGUGCUGAUCGAUAAGAACAUUCGUUGUGCCAGUUGGUAUAACGUGGAAAUUGCAUCUACAGACAAUCUGACACUAUCACUUAAUCAGAUUGAUCGGACAAUACUUCCGCCACUAAAUGUUCUUGCAUGGGACAUUGAGUGUUACAAGGCGCCAUUAAAGUUUCCUGAUAUGGAAGUGGAUCCGAUAAUCUUAAUAUCAUUCAUGUUUAAUGGGCAGGGCUACUUGUUAGUUAAUCGGGAGUAUGUAUCUCAUGAUAUUGAAGAUUUUUCAUAUAAACCAAAUCAUGACCUCUCUGGGGCAGGAACUUUUAGAGUAUUUAACGAACCCAAUGAGUAUGCAAUUAUUAGCAGAUUUUUUGAGUGUGUUAAAAAUUUGGGCACACAUAUUUUGGUCACUUACAACGGAGAUAACUUUGACUUCCCCUAUUUAUAUAGAAGAGCCCAAAUUAAUAACGUGAGAAACCCCUUGGCAAACAUUAAAAACAUGGAAAACAAGUUUACAAGGAGUGAAUUCCUUAAUAUGGAUUGCUAUAAAUGGGUUGAAAGGGAUUCAUAUCUGCCAAAUGGUUCAAGAACACUUAAACAAGUAUGCCGCAUCAAGCUAAAGUAUAACCCAGCCGAGGUGGAUCCAGAAGAAAUGAUUACAUUGGCCAUAAAUGAUCCACAAACUUUAGCAACUUACAGUGUCUCAGAUGCUGUAGCCACAUAUUAUUUGUACAUUAAAUUUAUCCAUAAUUUUGUGUUGGCGCUAAGUUAUAUUAUACCUUUGGCUGUGGAGGAUGUAUUGAGACAAGGUUCUGGUACACUGUGUGAAAAUUUACUAAUGGCAGAGGCCUAUGCCAAGGAAAUAAUCUUCCCAAAUAAACACCAAUCAGAAUCUUCUAGCUAUUAUAAAGAUGAAAACACUGGAAAAUUCCAUCUCAUCUAUGACGAUUCAUACGUGGGUGGUAAAGUAGAGACACUGCGUUGCGGGCUCUAUCGCGAUGAUUUACCCGAGCAAUUUACAAUUGACCACAAUGCAUACCAGCAGUUGAUCGAUAAUAUAGCAGAGACCAUAAGCCAUUGGGGGAAGAAUCUCAAUCCUCCCAAGCAUUGCAGUUGCUCGGUUGAUACACUUGAACACAACGAGUCAGAUUUAAUUGUAGGUAAGAUGGAUAGAAAUUUGCACUACUUUACAAACAUUCGAGACAUAUACGACGAAAUACACUCCAAAUUAACUGAUUUGAAGAAUGCAAAGCAGCUCUAUUGCCUACCAAAAGUAAUCCAUUUGGAUGUGGGAGCCAUGUAUCCAAAUAUCAUAUUGACCCACAGGCUACAACCUACUGCUAUAGUGAACGAAGAGUUUUGCAGUAAGUGUUCGUACUAUUCUGAAGCACAUGAGUGCCAAAAGCGGAUGAAGUGGAAGAGAAAAAUUGAAAUAUCACCAAUUGAUCACAGUCACAUAAUGCCAAUUCUAAAUGAAUUAAAAACGCGUGUUUAUAAGCCUACGCAGAGGAAAUUUUACAAUUCAGUCACUAAUAUAGCAUCUGAAGAUGAUAUCAGUGACUUUGGAUCUGAUAGUGAUGGGGAAAAUAUUAAUCUUAAAAAACCGGAAGCCAAGGUUACCAGUGUCAAAUGGAAUCAGUUGAGCGCAAAGGAGCAAAAUACAGAACUGAUGAAAGCUGUGAAAGCAUAUUCAUUAAAAACAACCCAAAAGAGCAAAUUAGUUAAGGAAGUAGAAGUCGAAAGCAUAGUAUGCCAGCGAGAAAACCCCUUCUACGUCAAUACGGUACUAAAGUUUCGUGAUCGUAGGUAUGUCUUUAAACGUAAUGUUAAACAGGCGGAAAGAAUUAAGCACAACAUUUUACAGUCUUCUGUUGUAGACAUAGUUAAGCUUAAGGAGAUUAACGAAUCAAUAUUGAUAAAUGAUUCUUUGCAAUUGGCGCACAAGUGUAUUCUUAACAGUUUUUACGGCUACGUCAAACGUAAUGGGUCUAGGUGGUUUAGCAUGGAGAUGGGAGCAAUAGUAACUUUUACUGGAUCUCAAAUAAUCGAAUUUGCUAGGAAACUGAUUGACAAGAUUGGUAUAGCGAUUGAGUUGGAUACCGACGGUAUUUGGUGUAUGCUGCCCGAAAAAUUCCCUUUCAUUUUUAAUUUGCAAUACUUUGUUUGUACCUGUGGUACAAACCAAAAGUUAGAUAAACUAACUUUUGAAUAUCCCACUAAUAUGCUUAAUUUGCUGAUUGACAAAAACUGGGCAAACACCCAGUAUUUGGAAUAUGAUGAAUUGACAGAGAAAUACCGCAUUGAAAGGCAUAACCAUGUGGAAUUUGAGCUUGAUGGACCAUGGUAUGGAAUGUUUUUGCCUGCAUCUGAAAAAUCAGAAGAAUUACUAAAGAAGCGCUAUGUUGUGUACAAUCACCAAAAAUGCAUUAGUGAACUUAAGGGCUUUGAAAUAAAACGAAGGGGGGAAUUACAAUUAAUCCAGCGAUUUCAAGAGGAAAUUUUUGGGAAAUUUGCAUUAGGAACCACUAAACAGGAGGCGUUCAGCCACGCUGCCGCAGUAGGUAUUAGGUGGAGAAGGACUUUGGAUGACAAGGCAAAAUGCAUUAGCGAUGAUAUGGAACUGUUUGAUCUUUUGAUGUCUAAAAGUGUCAUUAAAAAAUCUGUUCUUGAGCAGCCUAAUAUGAAGGGAUUUGGUAUUACAACGGCACGGCGUUUAUCUGAACUAUUAAACAACCCUAUGUACAUUCAGGAUCGAAACGUUUCCACACAAUUUUUGAUCACAAAUAAGCCAAGCGAUGCUGAUAAAACGGCGCGUGCCAUUCCAAUUCAACUUUUUCUUUCCGAAGAUACUACCAGGCAUGCUUUUAUUUCCAAAUGGCUAAAGGUCUCAUUAUCUCAGGCAUCUCAAUUGAACUCUAGGGACAUUUUGGAUUGGGAUUACUAUCGUCAAAGGCUUGAUAUCCAGUUGUUGAAGUUGAUAUGCAUACCUUGCAUAAUUCAAGGGGUGCCAAAUCCAAUACCUUUUAUAAAGAUUCCGGAUUGGCUUUACCGCAAAGAGAGAUCGCUGAACCCAAGCCAGGGGAGGAUUACUGCAUUUUUUGCUUCUAAACCUGCACAAUUAGUUGAUUCCAAGGAUAGCAAUAAAUGUGCAAGUAAAGGGGAUGUAAUAGAUUUGACAACACAAAUAGUCGAGUGCGAUAAAGAGGUCCUAGUCAUAGACUCGGACGGUGAGAAAACUCCAAUAGACGUUGAUUCUAUUAUAUCACAAGAGAUAACUCGAUUACGAGGUAAAUGGUCGUUUCAUAUUUUGAAUUUGUUACGGCGCAAAGUGGGCCGUAUUGAGACAGUUUCCGACAACUUGUAUACUUUUUUAAAAGGAGUUUCAAUGGAUAGUUUAACAAUUGACGAUUUAUAUACUUUAUUUACAGAGACUUGGCACAUAAUUGACAUACAAUCAACUCUAAGGCUUGGGAUCUUCAAAUGUCAAAUCUCUGUGCUGAAUCACAAUAAAAUUUAUCAAGUAUACAUCACUGUUAAGCGAUGGAUUUACAUCAAUUUUGAGGGUGAUCUGAAUGAUUUGCCCUAUGAGAUUACUAAAAACGCCAAAGUUAUAAAAGUGAGACACAGCCUUCCAAAAUCAGCUGAAAAGAAAACCUUAUUACAGCUUGAAUUGUAUGAGGAGAAUGCUGUACAGUCUGUGUUCACACUGAAUGCUUUGUUUCACAACAAGAUAAGGGGGAUUUACGAAUCUAAGAUUCCACUAAUAUUUGACUUUAUCGUUCGUAAGGGAAAUGAGAUAGCAGUGGACAAAGAUAAGUUUCAAACAGCUGUGUCUGAUAACGGGAGCACUAUGAUAAAUAGUUUCAAUGAGAAAUCCUUAGCUGGGAUCUCAUUUGGGAGUAACUCUUCAAAGUACUUAAUGGAUGCGGAUAUUAGAUAUGUAUACGUUUAUCACUCUUACACCGAUGGCAAUAUCACAAGAUUCUGCGCCAUAAUAUAUUCAGCGCAGAACAAGGGAGAAGAAGUGUCGGCGACUGAUAUUAUUUCUAGUUUAAUUAUUGUUGGCGGAUCCAAAGAGAUAACCCAAAAUGUAUCAUCGGAACAAAUGGUAGAAUUAAUGAAGCAGUUUAAACAGGACUACGACGGUGGAGACAUGCUAAAAGACUAUGAGUAUCAGCCAUUCCCUAACUGUAUAAACAAUUUUUCUGAAGCUAUUAAAUUUGACCAUAGAUCACCGAGCAUAUCGUGCAAAAAUGCCAUUAAAUAUUUUACAAACUAUUUGCAGUCGUUGGUUAACCUUAAAAAAUGCUUAUUCAUAGUUAACACGUCACUUGAAGACAACAACUUGUUCAGUUGUGUAUAUGACAACGUGUUAACGAUCAAUAAUAUGACACUGAAUUUUAGGUUAAAGAUGGCGCCGGACAGUACGUUUUUACAAGCAAAUGUGAGGGAUUCAUUGUCUUUGCUACAGGAUGAUUACUUCAAUUUUGAGGAGAAAUUGGCAUUGGCCCGCAUCUCUGGUCUGCCAAUUAAUAUGAUUAUAAACGAGACAACUAUCGAUGUGGCCAGACUGUUCCUUGACAUAUCAUAUGCCAGAUCGCUACGUUCGUUUAAUCACAUACUAUGGUGUAAUGAAGAUACCCAAUCUACCAAAGUUAUUGACUAUGACAUUAUUAACAAUUGUAUGCUUAAAAUGACCAAUAGUGGUAUUUACCGCGGUUAUGUGGUCAAAAUAGAGUUCGAUCCCUCAAUAAUAUUCCACGCUAUAAGGCACGCUAAUAAGUUUGAGUCGGUAGACAAGAGUAAUAACCUCCAUCAUUCAUCAAACGAGCCCUUGAAGAUUUUGGCCCAAACACUGGAUGGUAUAUUAAAAACACUAAUGAACCUAUACGAAUCAAUAAGCUACCGCUCAUUUCAAAACAUAUUUCAAACGUUAACAAACAUUCGUGCCUGGAUAUCUGACAGCUCGAGCAUUCUAUAUGACCCGUUGUUAUAUAGUCAAAUUGUAAUAUGUUAUGAAAGUUAUUUGUCUCAACUGUUGCUACAAUUAAAAUCCAGGUUUGGAAUUAUGCCUAUAUACGUUGGUUCGAGCUUUGCCAUUCUGGAUACUGGGCAGGUAAACGUUGAAAUGGGAAGACAAGUCAUUGAUUUGGCCAUGAGAAGCAUAAAAUCGUUGGGAAGUUGUUACGAAAGCGUCACUUUUACUUUGUGUGACGAAUACAUAGCGGUUAUACAGCUUAACGAUGAUAAUUAUAUAAGAUUCAAAGAAUACUCCCCGCACAACGUUAAAAAUUCGGUUGAGGACUUACCCCUUCUAAAGCUUUACCCCUUGCCCAUACAAGGUUUUUUUAGGGAUUUAAUUGACAGUAUCGUAUUGACUCCACUUAUUAACACGUUGAACAAUUGCGGUCAGACUAAAGAUAAGAUGAUUGAGUCGGAGGAAUUAUUAUGUACUUCCAUUCGAGAUUGGUGGCUCGGUGAUAAUCUGUAUCAAAACAUAGAAAAUUUGCUGCGUGACAGGAAUACCUUUCUUACAGAAUAUCUUAAUGAUGAAGAUUCUAAAAACACUGAGAACCUCAUCACAAGUCUAGAAUUUCCAAUGAUUCCUGGAACAUUUGCAACAGCGGCCACUGACUGGAAAUGUGAAGCUGUGGGCUUGGUUACUUGCUUGCUUGAAAUAGAGAAAUCAUUAAAUAUACAAAAAGAUGGGGAGUUACAAGAGUUGUUACACCGUUUUAAGAGCAUUGUUGGUAGCAACCCUCACACGAUACCUAAUAGUUUGGCUCGUAGCGUGAUUAAUGACAAACUUGUACUCAGGGAUAUGUGUUGCACUAAUUGUUUUGCAAUGUCAAACAUAAAUAUUACCAUCAUAAAUAAUCUAACAAUUUGUGAUUAUUGUAAUGAACCGUGGGACCAGGAAACCAUCGAGCUCAAGCUUAUAGAUUAUCUAGAGGAAUUUUUUUACGCGCUUCAUGCGCAGAAUUUCAGAUGCGUAUAUUGCAGCCACGCGCGUAUCUCAUAUCAAUCUACCAAUUGCAAUUGUGGAAAUGUCUAUGCCGAUUCAUUGGACAUUAAUACUUGGCUUUAUGCUGUGGAAAUUGUGAGAAAGAUUGCAAAGACCAAUGAGUACCACCUGUUGAGUUCGGCUAUUAAACAGUUUGACUAUCUGAUCUAA